AUGCUGGAACAGGUAACGAAGUGUGAUGGGUUGCGUGCGCGUGAUUCGCCAUCUGUUGCGUUCCGUUCCGCUUGUUGCUCCCUGGAAACGAGGCGGGUAGGAGCAUCGAGAGGCAGAUGUCUGGGAGGCGGUUGCAAUCAACCAGCAUUGUUUUGCACGCCACUCCCGCAGCCUCCCUCGGAGGCUCAAGUGCCCACUGAGCUGGCAGCAGCGGACGGAGAAGGCACAGCCGCGACGUUGCAGCUGCUCGGGAGCCACGGCGAGCAGCGAGGCGUCGUCUCGGUGUCGCUGCUGCUGCGCGCAACCUCCGGCGGGGAGGUGGACGCGCGGCCCGAUCAGAUGCAGGAAGAGCCAGUCCCGCGCGCCUGCCCGGCGGCUGCGGCCCUGCCCCUGCGGCCCCCCGACGCGGCGGCUGCGAGAGCGGGCCGCGGCCCCGCCGCGGCCUCCCGAGGCUGCGGCGCCUUGGGCAUGCCGAGGAGCCCCGCGAGCUCGCCGGCGGGCUCCGCGGCUGGCCUGGCCGUCAAGCACGCUGGCUGGCGUCCCCGGCGGGCCCUCGACCACGGCGGCGCUGGCCCGUGA